ACGGCUAUUUCCAACUUGUUCAGGAAAAAAGUUCAGGGCGAUACAUUUGGUACAACGAACCGGAUUUUCUUUUCCGCCACGGAUAAGUAAGCAAACAAUCAUUCCGUCCACCAUUGCAUUGAACUCGCAGUAAAAAGGCUUCCCGUUUGUAGGUGGAAAACCCACCUCAUAGGAAAUAAGAACAAACAGCACAACAUAAGAAUGUUUCCCAAACAGUGUGGCGGCGGUGCCUGGUUGCUGUUGCUGGCAACGAUAUGCAAUUUCUGCCUGCUGGUACUCACUGAAUUGCCCCGUCCACGAGGCGUUUCCAUCUCACAGGCCAGCCUGUACGAGGACCGUGCUGGCAGCGGCCAGUUCGUGUGUCUCGAUGGCAAAAAGGUGAUACACCGGGAACGCAUCAACGACGACUACUGCGACUGUGACGAUGGCAGCGACGAACCGGGGACGGCCGCCUGUCCGGGCGGUUCUUUCCACUGCACCAACGCCGGCUACAAACCGCUGAGCAUCCCAAGCUCGCGGGUGAACGAUGGUAUCUGUGAUUGCUGCGAUGCGUCCGACGAGUACGCAUCCCAUGCGAACUGUGUGAAUACGUGCAGCGAGCUCGGGAAGGAGGACCGUAUGCGUGAAAAGCAGCGUAGUGAGAUGCUGAAGACCGGCAACCAGCUUCGGCUUGAGAUGAGCCAACGGGGGCGAGCGCUAAAGGAUGAGCAGCGUGUCCGGCUGGCUGAGCUGGACAAAAACCGGGCAGAGGCGGAAGCGCUGAAGCAGGAAAAAGCUACCCUGAGGGGCGAGGCAGAAGAGCUGGAAAAUGCGGCCCUCAAGGUGUACCGUGAUCGGGAGGAGGAAGCGAAAAAGGUGAAAGAGGAAGCGGAAGCAGUGAACAAUCGUGACGAAGCGGAGGAAACGUUCCGAAAGUACGAUUCGAACCAGAACCAAAUGCUCGAGCUGGUCGAGCUGCAGACGCGGAUCGUGUUCGAUCGGAACCGUGACGGUGCGGUAACGGAAGAUGAGGCACGCUUCUUCCUCGACGAGCGGGAUCAGGUAGACUUCGAAACGUUCGUGACGUUAUGUUGGCCGCGCAUCAAACCGUUUCUUAUGAUGGAUUCCGGACUGUUCAAAGCGCCGGGUGAAGACCAUGGUGAGGAGGAGGUGGUUGAAGAAGCGGAACUACAGUCCGAAGGGAUGUACGAUUUGGAGGGUAGUGAACCCAACGACCAAACGGGGCAUGACAGUCCAUACGGAGAUGAAGAAUAUCAGCGGCACAACGGCGAAGAGGAGGACGAAGAGACGCUGGACGAGCAUGAGGAGGGAGAAGACGAAGGGGAGGAGGAUGUUGGGGAGGGCGAGAUUGAAGAAGCUGCACGGGGAGCCGCUGCAAAACCGCCGGUCGAGUAUGAUCCCGUCACACAGGAUCUGAUCAACAAGGCGAACGAGGCGCGCAACCAGUACGCGGAAGCCGAUCGUCACGUGCGGGAAAUGGAGCAGGAAAUUCGCAGCAUCAAGGAACUGCUGGAGAAAGAUUACGGCAAGGAGGAAGAGUUUGCCGCCCUGAACGGAGAGUGCUUCAACUUUGAGGAUCGGGAGUACGUGUACAAACUGUGCCCGUUCGAUAAGGCGAUCCAGCAACCACGUAGCGGUGGUGCCGAGACAAGACUGGGAACCUGGGAUCGAUGGAAUGGUCCGGGAGAUUACAGCGCCAUGAUAUACUCGAACGGAGCGCCCUGCUGGAACGGUCCGCAACGGUCCGCCGUGGUACAUCUGGAGUGUGGCCUCGACACCAGAGUGUUAUCCGUCAGCGAGCCGAACAGAUGCGAGUACGAGUAUCGUAUGCAAACGCCGGCCGCCUGCUUGUAUCAGGAAGAUCAGUCGAACGGUGCCAAAGAGACGCACGACGAGCUGUAGUGUUGGCGAGCGUGUCGGAAACAUUGGUUCGUCAGCUUCGACGUGCCGCGUGUUUCGCUGCCCCCAAAACACUACCAACGACGAUCAUCCUAAUCGAAUCAACAUUCCCUCGCCACCACGUGGUGCGGCAGUUGCGAGCGAGCGAAAAGUGUAAUCAAUAUAAUUGUGUGUAUGUGUUUGGAAACGGGGUUUAAAUGCGCAAAAAGUGACUGACAGUUUAAUUCUUCACACGGCGGAUACACAUUCGAUGCGAUCAUACAUUUUCGUUCCAUUAGAAGAAUAUCGACCCCUGGCAGAGUCAUACAGUCGUCAUUCCAAUGCUCAGGACAAUGGAUAAGAGAGAAUGAGAGAGAGAGAGAGAGAGAGAGAGAGAAAGUUAGUCUGGCGUGGGGAAUCCCGAACGUGUGUGCGAAUAAAUUUCACUAAUUUGGCAUCCGAACCGAUUUAAAAUUAUCUUUUGAGUAGUAAGAAGCACUGUGAACAAACAACAUUUCGUUCGUACAAGAUGUUGUGAAAGGAGAAGGUACGUUUGUUUUAUAAAACGAAUAGAAGAAUAAUAAAAAAAACUAUCUACGUUAAAA